UCUCAGCGGGUCAGGUGGUCGAUGUUUCUGGUCAAGACUUUGCAUCAUCAGGAUUGAGACUGUAAAGAAUAGAUGGCUUUUAUAAAGAGAUAGCAGCUAACAGUUGAGAAGGUGAAGGGCAGAUAGAUAUGGGGAGGAAGGGAUGAUGAGUAGAAAUGGAUAAGGAAAGAGAUUAGAGUAACUAAGAUUAAUAAAGUAGAGACCAUCAGACUAGACAUGCCCAGACAUCAUCCCUGAUAAAGAUGGCAGAGGUUGCCAUCGAAAUGUUGGUUAAAAUCAAUCCCUGUACUCGUUUCGAAGCCUAAGAAAAGUUUAUUUGGGGUUAUUAAAGGUUUGCACUAUAAGUUUGACUUGCGGACAAAUUCGCAGCAAAUCUGUCGGAAAAGAUGCGGAGAUCUAAAUUACCUGUUUACCGACCAAAAGAGACACGUACUGCCCUGUCUCAGCUGCAGGCUUUCACUGGCAGGGCGCUGAAAGCAGAAAGUGAUCAUUUACAACCUUCAGCAAAACGUUUCCAUGCCAACCCAGUACUGGCACCGGAGAAAGAUUUACCUCGGACAUUUAACUUUUCACAAAAAACUUCAAGUGCAGUCAGUUUUGAAGCAACUUCAAAACAAGGGAAUGUUGCAUUAAAUAAAAGAAAGAAAAUGCCUUCAUUAUCAAGAAUGACUCGUGCUGACAUGGAGAACUACAUGGCCCUGAAAGUGGUUGAAGCAGAGUUAAGGGACCAAAAUCAGCUGUUAGAAGUUUCCCAGCAGCAAUUAAAGCAGGAACUAAAGUUAGCCAAGGAUCAGGUACAUGAUUAUAUGAUUAAAAAUGGAAAUUUGCAAUCUGAAAAUGAAGCAUUGAGCAAGAGGGUACAGAAUUGUGCGGUCAUACUGGAGAACAACCUGAUUGAUCCUGUUUCAGCUAAUAAAAUAAUUGAAGACAAUGAGCAAACAAGUGCAUGUCGAAGGGACACAAUGGCACUUGUGGAGAAUCUCCAGAGGGAAUUAGAAAAUUGGGGAAGGAACAAAAUGGAGAAGAGAGAUGGGUUCCAGGAGAUGAGGCUGAAGUUACAGAAUGCCAAGGAAGAGAGUAAUAGAAUUGUAGAAGAAGUGGACUUGUUCAAGCAAGAGAUGGAGGAGUGGAGACUCUGUUUAAGUCAAGUUAAAGAGCAUUUAGAUCAGAAUGCUGAAUGACCUGAACAUCAACGUUACAAUUAACUAUUUAAAAUUUGUAUGAGAAGUGUGUAUGCAUGAAGGAACUGUACAGAAGAUAUAAAGAGGACAAUGGAGAGCUGGCUACUAACCAGACAAGUAAUAAUAAUUUACCUUGUAAAAUAAAAAAAAAUUGAUUCUG